GUUUUGUUGCUGUAUUUAACGAAGCUAGCGCUAUAGAGAUGCUAGCAAAAAGCCCCCGUCGAUGAAUUUGGCGUCAAACGCGUAGAAAGGGACAGAAGGCACAAAGCGAGGUAGCCUGAACUCAUUUGCGGCUGCCGGAGAACCCUUCGCUUUGCCGAUGAUGUCGCUGCGGCGAGCCGUGAGGCCAUUGACUGGCGCGUUGCACUCAUUGGCCCCGGCAGCAGGCGCGCGGACGGCCGGCGCGCGGCGGACCCUGGCCCUCGCGCGCCCCACCGAGGACGCUGACAGCGUCCAGUUCCCGAGGGAGGGCCCCGGCCUCGACUACGCGCUGAACUGGAGCUUGUGCGGCGACGGCGUCGUGCCCAGCAAGCUUGCCUACCGCAUCACGAAGGUCCAGACGGCCGAUCAGCUCCUGGGCGGCCCGCCGACGGCGCCCGCGGGCGCCGGCGCGGCCGCGGCCGUCGUGGACGACGACGACGCGUUCGACGACGCGUUUGACGAGGCGGCAACUGCGCUCGAGGCCGCCGACGCGCUGUACGUGGCCGAGGGCGACGCUCCCGGCACGCGGACGCCGUGCCGCGUGAUCAGCGGCGACCUGGGCCUGGCGGCGACGGCCAUGGCGCACUGCCUCGAGCGCAUGCCGCUGCGGGCGCCGACGGAGCUGCCCGUGACCCUUUACGCGGCUCCGUCUUGCGCGGACUACGCCGGCGCCGUUGUGGAAGACGCGCGCCUCAAGAUCGUCCUCUGCGGCGCGCAAGCCACCGCCGCGUCCGUGAAGGCGUCGCUCGCCGCCGCGCCCGGGAUGCUCGAGGCGGCGACCGCGCCCGUGGAGGAGGUCGACGAGGCGGCCUAGCGAGUUGGGAGCUUGCUGCUAUGCCGCCGUUCCUCCUGCUGUAACUAUAACAUAUAUCUUUUACGGG